AUGUCGACCUCCUCCGCCACUUCAGCGUCGUCCGGCGCCCCCACCAUGCCUGCUGCCACAGAUACAUCAGCAGGCGCCCUCUUCCUCCACCCCUACGCCACGAUCUCUGUCAAGUCCCAUGUUCCCCUUGAACUGGAACUGCACAGCGCCAACUACGGGAAGUGGUCGGCCUUCUUCAAGGCGAUGUGCGGCAAGUUCGGGCUUCUUCAUCACAUCGACGGCUCCGUUCCCCCUCGCCGCACUGAUCCCGCUUGGGAGCAGAUUGACUGCUGCAUUCGCACGUGGCUUUACGGCUCCGUCUCUCAAGAUGUUCUUGACUUCACCAUGGCUGAAAAUCAGACGGCGCGGGAGCUCUGGGUUGCCAUCUCCAACAAGUUUCAGGCCAACAAGGCUCCCCGCGCCAUCUUCCUGAGCGAGGACUUCCACUCCAUGACUCAGGGUGAUCUUUCCGUCAUGGAUUUUGGCAAGAAGAUGAAGCUAGCUGCCGACGCCCUGCGUGAAGUUGGUCAUCCCGUCGCCGAGCCCACCUUGGUGCUGAAUUUGCUGCGGGGUAUUCACCCCAAAUUCAGCAACACCAAGGACAUCGUCGCCGGCACCAAGGACAUCACCUUUGAUGAAGCCCUUAAUCAGUUCGCACUCAAGGAGCUGCGCAUGGCCAAUGAGGCGAAGCAGCAGCAGCGCCGGCGCAGGAAGAAGGGCGGCAAUGGAAGUGGUGGCGCCCUGCAGCAGCAGUACCAGCAGCAGCAGCCCCGCGGGCCUACUCCCACCAGCCCGUGGGUCUGCUUCUCUCCGUGGGGCACUCCCGGCGGUCAGGGCUGGUCCUCCGUUGGUGGUGGCGGCUCCUGGCGCGGUCAGGGCGUGCUGGGACCUGCUCCUCAGCAAGCCUACACCGCGUUCGCCCCCCUGCAGUUCUCCACCCCACCCCAGCAGCAGCAGUACCAGCAGCCCACACAGACAUGGGACCAGGCGGGUCUCAUUGCGGCGCUACAGCAGAUGCAGCUGCAGGGCUCCUCCCCAUGGGUGAUGGACUCAGGCGCCUCCACCCACAUGCACUCCUCGGAUGGACCUCAGCACGCGGCGCGUGAUUCUUCGCUGCAAUAG